CCACCGUGGUGCUAAGAGCCUCGUCAAGGCCGGGGCCUUAAUUAUCACUCUCAGCCUGAUCGCCACAUCUUGAACCUCCGAAUCUCCCUGCAGCUGUGAUUCCUCUCUUCCUCCCUGCCUACCGUCGUCCGAAACCCGACACAAAAUGGCUACAAGACGUUCUCUGCCGAUCGGCCAAUAUCAGGUGUGCGUGGUGUGAGCUCUCCCGGAUGAGAUGAGUGCGGACAUAGCCACUCCGGAUGAGCGGCAUCGGCAGAUCAGGGUCACCACAAACUGGACCCAAUAACUAUGUGCUGGGUCGGGUUCAUGAACACAAUGUGGUCCUUGCCUGGCUAGCCUCGGGUGUCUAUGGCACAAAUGCUGCGGCAAGAGUUGCGAGACAUGCUGAGGACAUUCACUGGACUGCGAUUUGGACUGUUGGUGAGAUUGAAGGAGGUAUCUCUAACCUGCCAAAGAGAGUGGACAUCCGUCUCGGGGCCGUUGGGGUCAGCGAGCCUGAAAACACGUACGGAGGAAUGGUUCAGUUUCGCCUCGGCGGGGGUCAGGCCGUCAACAGAAUUAGCUCUUAACUCUUCAAGUAUGACAUCUCGUUCAAGGGCAUGAGCCGGCUUUGACAGCAGUUCAUCGGACUGUUCGGAAUCUUGGUUUUCCAUUGGGAGAAUAAUAACUAGACAAAAUGCGGAACCCAAGGUUAGACGGUGAUAGAGAGAGGAAGGGAGACAGAGUUGUUUCCUGCCAAACAAGUCUUGGGUGCAAUAUUUAUCGUUGCUUGUCCCUGUAGAGACCAUGGCUUGGUAAGUGUAUAUGGGUAUCGGUGCGUGACGUUAGUUAUGUGGCUGUCUUAGUCCUUGCCAGGCUAUGGCUGGAGCAUAACCCAAACAAAACUACCACAGUUCAGGAGGCAGGACUUUUUCAGAAGUCUUGGUACUUGGAUUUCCACCUCUCAAGAGUCUUCUAUGCAACAUUCAACGGACAGUGGGGUAAGGGUGCUGGUAUAGAGGAGGCGUCGCACUGAUAGACAUCGUGAAUAGAGGUCGUUCAGAGGCUUUG